GUGUGUAUGUAAUAACCUGAGCAGCAGUAUGACAGAAACAAACCUGUGGAGAUAAAAUCUGGUCGUUUGGAACGUCUAUUAGAGCAAAUAAUGGCUGAACAGUGUUCCGAGGACAUAUUUACGAUGCAAUGUUUCUGAAUUGUGCUCACCAUCAUGGCGGCCGAACCAGCAUACUAGUAGAUGCCGUGUCCAAAUUGAACGGAAUUGUUCAACAAAUCUGAGGUCUAAAUUUACAUGCACGCAUCUGGGAAAUCCUCAGUGCUCUCCCAUACAAACACACACACAGUGAAAGGUUUUGUGCGAGGAUUGGGACGUACAUAUUUCUAUUUCUAUCAGUGUCGCACUGCUAACAGAUGAAAACCACUUUGCCGUCUUAGCGAUUAUAAUGCUAACAUCACAAAGCUUGAUUUACAUUGAACGUUUGAAUCCCAUUAGCGUCGAUUUACUGUUCACUGAGCUUAGUUGCGUUGCAUCUGAUACUCACGUUUAGUAGGUCUCAGCCAAGGAAUGCUUCAAUUCUAACCACUAGUGUUUGUGUUUCUUUGCUGCAAUGGCGGCAUGCCAGGCAGGCAUCCACCAGUACAACAGCGCCCCCUGGUGCUCCGGAGGAGUGGACGUAGCCACAUGAACCUCCACACUGCUCACCUGGUCGUCUAGGUGAUGGUUGCAGGAUGUCAGAGGGAAGGCAGAGAGCGAUGUCAGCCUCAGGGGAGUCCCUGUACCUGCUCUUGGGUCUGGAACCGGGAUGCAGCCAUGACGACAUCAAAAAAUCAUACAGGAAGCUGGCAUUGCGUUAUCAUCCAGACAAGAACCCAGACCAACCAGAGGCGGCAGAGAAGUUCAAGGAGGUGAACAGUGCCCACGCCGUCCUGUCCGACCCCACUAAGAGGAACAUCUACGACUCUUACGGCUCUUUGGGACUCUACGUGGCCCAACAAUUUGGAGAUGAUAACGUCAACACCUACUUCAUGCUGUCCACUUGGUGGGCCAAGGGACUGUUUGCACUCUGUGGCGUCCUGACGGGGUUUUACUGCUGCUGCUGUCUCUGCUGCUGCUGUAACUGUUGCUGUGGACAAUUUAAAGCCACGCCUCCUGACGACGGGGCGGAGCCGCACUAUGUCUCCCCUGACGACCUGGAGGAGGAGACAAGUGACCAACCCAGCAACGAUGUGGAGGCAGCCGUCGUUCAUCAGCCUGCGAACGCCAGUGAGAAAACUCAGCUGAUCUCUGAUGGACACCGCAGAUAUGGCGACACCUACACAUGAUGACGUCAGCACGCCUGUUACCGUGACGACUGCCUGACA